AUGGUUGAUGAGAGACUUUCUCGUGCCGGCUUUGCUGGUCAGCACCAAUUCAAUUGGCGUAACCUGCGUCUUUGUAUUCUAGUGUCGAUGGGCGCCCUUGCAUUUGGAUAUGGAAUCUCAAUCAUCGGCACGACGCUCGGUGAGCCUGGCUUCUCUCUCUACAUGGGCCUGGUGGACUCGACCACUGGCGAGCCGACGCACAACGCGGCUGGUCUCAUCGGAGCCAUAACCGGGACCUUCUAUGCGGGAUCAUGUUGUGGGUUGCUUCUGAGCGCCUUUGUGAUGGACAGGUGGGGGAGGAAAGCGGGAGUUAUCUACGCGGCAGUUGUCAGUAUUGUCGGCACCGUUGGGGUGACCGCUGCCCAAAAUGUCGCAAUGUUCAUCGUCUUCCGCUUUGUUUGCGGUCUUGGGAUCAACGCUUUCUUGGGCGUGACCGGGGUUCUUACCUCGGAAAUUGCCCCCCCAGCACUGCGAGGGUUCUUCGUAGGCAUGGUCGGCGGCGGCAUUCUCGUGGGGUAUUCCAUCGCUUCCUUAAUGGGCCUGGCCUGCUUCUACAUCCACAGCCCCAGCGCACAAUGGCGGCUGCCGCUGGGCUUGGGGUUGGUCUUCCAGGUCUUCAUGUUGUGCGUCCUUCCCUGGCUGCCAGAAUCGCCUCGUUGGCUCUUGAUGGUCGGUCGUGACGUCGAAGCUAAAGCAAUCAUCUACGACAUCCAUAAAAGCUCAAAAGACCACAGUCAGACAUUCGCCGAGCGCGAGUUCUACCAGAUGGAACGCCAGAUUGAACUGGACAAGAGAUUAAAGGCAAGCUUCGUCGAAAUGUUUACACGGCCGUCGUACCGCAAGCGAACAAUCAUUGCACUCAGCUUCGGCUUCUUCAACCAGAGCACUGGCAUCCUUGUCGUGGGCAGUUAUGGCACCCUCAUCUACAAGAGCCUGGGAUUCGGAGCAAGGGAUGUGCUCUGCUUUCAGGCUGGGUGGAUUAUGACGGGUAUCCCUUUCAAUUUCCUCGGCGCUUGGCUCUCAGACCGCUGGGGCCGGAAGCCAAUGUUCAUCCUUGGUCUUGCUGGGUGCGCGUUCAGUCUGGCCCUGGAGGCUGGGAUUGUGGCGACCUAUGUAACCCCGGAGAAGCUCAUCUAUCCCAAUCAGGCAGCCCUUGGUGUCGCCGUCGCUGCACUUUAUCUGAUGAUGGCAUUCUUUGGAUUGACCUUGGAUGUUGUCGGCACCCCCUUCAUCAACGAGGUUUUCCCAAACCAUCUUCGAUCCAAGGGUUACAGCCUUACGUUGGCCAUUAUGACUUGCACCACACUGAUCUACACCGAAGUUGGCCCUACAGCUUUAGCCCACGUAGGUUGGAAGUUCUAUCUUCUCUUCAUCUGCUGCUGCGUUGUCGGCUGCUUCUGGAUCUACUUCACUUUUCCAGAGACGAAGGGUGUACCACUUGAGGAAAUUGCAGCUCUGUUCGGGGAUGCGGACGACGUCGCGGUCUACUCAGCGAAUAUCGAGACGGGAAUCGAGAUGGGUGGGAAGACUGACGUCGUCCAUUUGGAGAUGGAUUCGUAG